AUGUAUCAAGAUGCUAAACAUGAUGUGAGCAUGUGUGGUAGACGUCAGAGGGUUGACAAUAUUUGGAAAAAGAAUGAGAUGCCCUUGACCAAUAUCCUGGAGGUUAUACUGUUUGAUUUGUGGGGAAUUGAUUUCAUGGGCCCACUUUCCUCUUCCUUCAACAAUCAGUACAACCUGGUAGCAGUGGAUUAUGUAUCUAAAUGGAUUGAAGCUACUACAACUCAGACUAAUGACUCUCGGGUGGUGUCACUUGCCUAUCAUCCCCAAACAAAUGGGCAAGUGGAACUUGCAAAUAGAGAAUUGAAGCAAAUUUUGGAGAAAGUUGUGAGCAGGUCAAGGAAGGAUUGGGCGAAUAAGUUAGAUGAUACACUUUGGGCCUAUAGGAAAGCUUUCAAGACACCUUUGGGUAUGUCUCCUUACAGACUUGUCUUUAGAAAGUCUUGUCACUUACCAGGUGAAUUAGAACGUAGGGCCUAUUUGGCAAAUAAGGAGUUGAACAUGGAUUUGAAAGCUGCAGGAGAAAAGAGAUUGUUACAGUUGAUUGAGAUGGAGGAGUUUAAGUUGGAUGCUUAUGAUAAUGCUCAAAUUUACAAGGAAAAGACCAAACAUUGGCAUGAAAAGCAUCUUCAAAUUGAAAACUUUGAAAUUGGGCACCAGAUGUUACUCUUUAACUCAAGUUUCAGUCUAGGUGGUCUGGCCCAUUCACAGUAG